AUACACAUAAGUAUCUACGUUUCACGCUAUAUAACAUUUAAAGACAUCAAAGUGGACGUAUUAUUUUCCCUAUCAUUCUGAUGAAGGCUUCGUGACUGCUUAUCGACUUGUAGGCCUAUAGGCAAUGAUAGGUAUAAACAUUUUCAUCUUUUCUUGGUGAUCGACUGGUCCCACUUUUUGAAGCAGUGCGGAAUAUGAUUUUCUACUAAUAAAGCGACUACCUUUCUGAUUUUCCUGUAAUUCGGCAUAUAUGCAUUUUACCAUCAGCUGAUCUCGAUCUUCUUCAAGCAGAGUUUAUUUCAAAGGAAUACACAAAACUAUCGAAGGCUAAUAGUAAUAAAAUGGACAGAAAAAGAUGGCGACCAAACUCAAGAAUGUUCUUUGCCUUCAUGUGCUUUUGGUGUGUGACUUGCAUGGAUUCUUUACGUAUUAACCCUAGCGUCGCCAUCACGGCGAUGGCUGUUUCCAAUCACGCAAAAGAAAAUGUAUCACGUGGUCCAAACAACUCUACGCAUGCGUGUAUCAAUGAUGGAAUCACAGAAGAUGCGGAUGAUACGGAUAUCAAGCCUGAAUUCAUAUGGAGCAGUCGGACACAAGAGCUUCUUCUUUCCGCGUUCUUCAUCGGGCUACCCAUAACCCAACUCCCAGGCGGCUGGCUCGCCGAUAGAGUUGGCGGGAAAUGGGUAGUCAUGAUUGGAGGUGUAGUGACUGCUGUAAUGAACAUGCUCGUUCCUGUAGCAGCCAGGACAGGAGCUGGGUAUUUCUUUGGAGUGAGGCUGUUGGCUGGACUAGCUGAGGGCACCGUUGUUCCUGCUAUGUUCACGUUACUCGGAAAAUGGUCAACAGUCGAUACCAACACAAGAAUAUCAUCAUUCGCUCUAGCUGGUGCUCCAUUCGGAUUGGCUGUAGGUCAAACUCUAUCUGGUUUGAUAUGCUCAACCCCCUGGCUUGGAUGGCCGUUCUCAUUCUAUAUCUUAGGUUCAAACGCCCUUGUUUGGGCAAUAUGUUGGGGGCUCUUCAUCAAAGAAAAACCUGAUGAAGAUACACCGGCUUCGAGUGAAGAUGUAUCUCACAAUGAUGACCUACAACAAACACAGGAAAAUAAUUCGAAGAAGAAAUCCUACCCAAUAUUCAAAGUUCUGACGUCACUUCCUGUGUAUGCCUUAAUCAUCCUGCGAUUUUCAAUCCAUGGUUGGGUUGUGGGAACUCUGCUCACCAACCUACCUAUCUUCAUGAAGUACAUCCUAGGAUUCAAAGUGAGAGAGGUUGGACUUUUGGCCUCUGUUCCCUACAUCUGCCAAAUGAUUACGUGUAUAAUUACGUCACAGAUAUCAGACUUUCUCAUUGGUCGAGGCAUCAGUGUGACGAAGGUUCGAAAGACAUCAGCAAGCAUUGGUGCCAUACUGAUAGCUGGGUCACUUAUACCGGUUGCUUUUCUCGUAUGUAACCGGUAUUUCGGCAUGGCACUGGUGAUCAUCGCAACCAUAGGAACCGGUGUGGCGUAUCCGUCGGUUUUUUCAAAUACGGUUGAUUUGGCGCCCCGGUCAACGGGUACUCUAUAUGGAAUAUCAAAUACCAUUGGGAUAUCCGCGAGUUUUAUAUCACCGUUGAUAACCGGAAUACUAAUUGUCGACCAGUAUGAUCCUGUAAGUUGGAGGUAUGUGUUUUACAUCGCUUCAGCAAUCGCAGCUUUUUCCGCUAUUUUUUUCCAUACGUUUGGAUCGGGAGAAGAUCAGAAAUGGGUCAAAGACGACGAGACAGAGGAAGUCGAGAAUGCCAAGGAAAUUGAUUUUUAUUCGAACCAUGGUUAUGACAAUGGGCAAGAUUUUGACAAAUGAACUUUUUUUAAUUGAGUUGGUCAACGGAUUUGUCGGGGCACGCUGCAGUGUUCUCUCUUACAAUGACUUACAAAGGUUUUUUUUUUUAUUGUUAUUGAUUUUGGAAAGCUAGCAACCUCGAUCAUGUGGAGAAUUCGGAUAUAAUACAAAAUCCCAUGCGGUAUGAACUUGAAAUAUAUAAUUAUCAUUCAUUAAGUAAUACUAUAAAUAAGUUCUCUAUAAGUUUAACAUUUACAUGUUUUUAGGCAGUGAACAUCACAUAAUGACGUUUUUUUGGAGGUUGGAUGAUAUUUGAAUCCUGAUGACGAUCAAAGUAUACUGGUCGAAACUUUUCAUUAAUUCCAACUUAAAUGUAUCUACAAGGUGUACUUUGAGGGCUGUUAUUUCAAUAACAUUGUAACCUUUAUGAAUGUCUUAAUGUGAAUAAUGCUUAGACUUUGGAAAUAUAUGUUAAUGAACUGAAAUAGAAAUUGAUUUUUUUUUAAUGAAGCUUAUCUCCGAUACUAAAUGAAAUGUGCAUUUCGUGCGAAUCAUGGGUAAACUUCUUUGGACUUUAAUCGAAUAACAGACAGACAAAAUAACACGAUGCCUUAUAUCAGCUCGAAGAAAGUCAACAACAAUAAAACAAAAAGAGAAAGAUUGUUAAUUAAUUCAUUUAUUCAGGUAUUUUUAAUAUACCUAUUAUCAAAAACAUACAGAGGUAACAAACAAAUUUGUGGAUAAUAUCAUGGCAUAAACACUGAAAUAUACAAGUACAUAAAAGUUUAUAA